AUUCCUUCUUCAGCCUCUGCUCACUACACCAGCGUGUUAUAUUCAGUUUGGCUUGCCAUGUGGUCUGGGGCGUGGCUCAGGUACAUAGGCCUAUAGACAGCAGUUAUAGAAAUUAUUGUACAUGUACAGUACAUGUACCCUGAAUGACCAAUGCUUGGUGGAUGUCUGAAUAAGCAGGUGUGAUGCAGCACAGUCAGCCUUCCACAGUUUAACCCAAGUCAGAGGAUCGCAAGAUGAGGCUUCUCAAGGCUGCCGCGGCUUGCCGUGUGCUCUGCUCUCGUCUCGACCACUCCUUCAGUCACGUCAUCAGACAUCAAGGGGUUCUAGCCAAGGCGGUCCGGCCUACAUUAUGCCGGGGGCUCAGGGUAUCUGCAGUCCUAGAACAGAAACGAGCCGUCAUAUUUGACUUGGGAGGGGUCGUCAUUGCAAAGCCGGGACCAAUAUUUGCAGAGUUUGAAGCCCAGAAAGGACUUCCCCCAGGAACCAUCUUGAAGGUUAUCAGGGAGACGGGUUAUACAGGGGCCUGGGUACAAGUGAUGCGAGGAGAGAUCACAGCGCUUGAGUUUGAUGAACUGUUCACCCAGGAAUGCAAUUCCUUGGUAGGAUACACAGGUCUAGUAACCGGACUUCUGACCUACUACGAAGAGAAGGCAAGCAAGCCAUUGCCUGAGAUGGUCACAGCCGUCCAGUGUAUUCGGGCCGAGGGGCUCAAAACAGCUAUACUGACCAAUAACUGGAAGCACGAUGGUUCAGUCACAUCGCUCUUCCCGGUUGAAAAACACCUGUUUGAUGUGGUGGUGGAGUCCUGCCGAGAGGGCGUGGCUAAGCCAGACCCAGCCAUCUAUCAGAUAUGUCUAGAUAGGUUACAGGAGAAGCCAGAAGACAGUCUCUUCCUGGACGAUCUGGAACCCAACGUGGAGGGGGCUAGGAAACUGGGGAUUCAGAGUAUCAAGGUUGACAACACUCAGCAGGCUCUAGCUGAACUUGAAGAGAUACUCCGGUUUCCUGUGCAGUGUCACGUCGAAGGCACAUCGGCUGUCCGUAAAGGCCUAGAGCUGCCCCUAGAGUCACUCCAAGCUUAUCUCAACUCUAUCAAUAUCGGCUCUAGUGAUGACACCGCCCUCAACGUUCGUCAGUUCAAACACGGCCAGUCCAACCCGACAUACUACGUCAGCUACGCAGGCAGGGACAUGGUGUUACGUAAGAAACCGCCGGGUAAACUGUUGCCAUCGGCCCACGCCAUUGAACGAGAAUACCAGGUCAUGAAGGCAUUGGGUGGUGCCGGGAUACCGGUUCCCAACCUACUGGCACUCUGUGAAGAUGAUAGUGUUGUAGGAACACCCUUCUAUCUCAUGGAUUUAGUCAAGGGUCGCAUCUACAAAGAACCAUCCCUGCCCGGUUUGCAGCCCUCCGAGCGACGGGACAUCUACGAUGCAAUGUGCGGUGCCCUGUGUUAUAUCCACGACGUGGAUAUACAGAAUGCUGGCUUGGAAGGCUUUGGCAAGCAAGGCAAGUACGUCUCACGCCAGGUUGCAGUUUGGAGCAAGCAGUACAAGGCAAGCGAGACUCGGGAUAUUCCCAGCAUGAACAAACUCAUGGAAUGGCUGCCACAACAUCUACCUGAGAAGGAAACGAUCUCUGUAGUCCAUGGCGACUUCAGGCUGGAUAACCUGAUUCUCCAUCCAGAUAAAGCAGAGGUAGUCAGUGUACUAGACUGGGAGCUGUCAACUAUCGGCGACCCACUGUCAGACCUUGCUUAUUGCUGCUUGCCGUACUACCUGUCACCAAAGUUCCCAAUUCUUAAAGGUUUUCAUGGCCUCGACGUCAGUGAGCUAGGCAUCCCUACCAUGGAGGAGUUUGUCUCUCAGUACUGCCAACGUAGAGGAAUUCCCCCAAUCCAGAACCUAGACUUCUACAUGGCCUUCUCCUUCUUCCGUGUUGCAGCCAUCUUGCAAGGGGUCUACAAGAGAUCCCAACAGGGCCAAGCUAGCUCCAAAGAUGCACAAAUUGUCGGGCUCUUGGCCGAACAAAUGGCAGACACCGGGUGGUCAUUCACGCAGUCCCCCUCGUCGUCCAGCCCAGGAACACCCCCAAGGAGUAAUGGAUCAGCCCCAUCCAAGAGGGGAUACAGUACAUGGACAGUUCCCAGGCGGGGCUAUUCAACUCAGGCACCAGGCCUUCUCGCCAUAUCAGUUUCGGCGCUCUCUGGGCAUGCUCAGUCCUUGUACAAUCAAGUCAACGAGAUGAUUACAAAGUAUGUGUACCCAGUGGAGCGCGAGCUAUAUGCGCAUCAAUUAUCUGACAACAAGUGGAAUCCACACCCCAUUAUUGAACAACUCAAGGAUAAAGCCAAAUCAGAAGGAUUAUGGAAUUUGUUUUUGCCGCUUGAGGCUGACCCCCAUUCAGAAUAUGGAGCAGGCCUGACCAACAUGGAGUAUGCACACAUGUGUGAACUGAUGGGGAAGUCUUUAUUUGCAUCAGAGAUUUUCAACUGUUCUGCGCCAGACACUGGAAACAUGGAGGUUCUUGUGAAAUACGGGAACCAGAAACAGAAAGAAAAGUGGCUGAAACCUCUGCUGGAUGGGAGCAUACGAUCCUGCUUUGCUAUGACCGAACCACAGGUUGCCUCAUCCGAUGCUACCAACAUCCAAUCUGCAAUCGUAAAAGACGGCAACGAUUUGGUCCUAACGGGACGGAAGUGGUGGAUCUCUGGUGCCAUGGACCCCCGCUGCAAAAUCUGCAUCUUCAUGGGCAAGACAGACCCCGCAGCAGACACCCACAGACAGCAGAGCAUGGUGCUGGUCCCCAUGGAUGCCCCGGGGUUAGAGGUCAUCCGGCCGCUGUCGGUCUUCGGUUAUCAGGACCCGCCAGCCGGUCACGCUGAGUUGGUGUUCGAGGAUGUGAGGGUGCCGGCCGAGAAUUUCAUCCUUGGAGAAGGCAGAGGCUUUGAAAUCGCACAGGGUCGACUGGGACCAGGCCGGAUCCACCACUGCAUGCGUCUGAUCGGCAUGGCAGAGCGUUGCCUGGAGCUCAUGGUAGUCAGGGUACAAGACCGCGUAGCCUUUGGUAAGCCCCUAGCGCAGCAAGGGACCAUACAGGAAGCCAUCGCCGAGUCACGGAUGGAGAUAGAACAGGCUAGGCUGCUGACUCUCAAGGCUGCUCACAUGAUGGACACAGUAGGCAACAAGGUUGCAGCACCCGAGAUCGCCAUGAUCAAAGUGGUCGCGCCCAACAUGGCCCAGCGAGUCGUCGACAGGGCCAUCCAAGCCUUCGGAGGGGCAGGGCUCAGUGCCGACUGGCCCCUGGCCAGUUUCUUUGCCUGGGCACGGAUCCUGAGGCUAGCAGAUGGUCCCGAUGAGGUCCAUAGGAGGGCCGUAGCUCGCAUGGAGUUGAGGAAAACACUCAAAUGAUGGAAUAGUCAUUCUUCCAUAAAAGAAAAUCAUUUGUAUUCAGGCAUGCAACUUUUCCUUGGAUCAUCUGAUUUCUUUUCUUUUUUACUUCCCUAUGUGUGCCAUUAAAUAUAGAAAAAUACUGCACAGAGUCUUAAUAAGAUUUGAAUUUCCUCUUUUUUGGUGACUUCCAGUUGCAUGCCUGUGUAUUGAAAACUUUCUGUCUACAUGAGGUUGAGGGGUAAUUUUCAUGUCCAGGGAGAUUCCAACAUAGUCCUUGUGUUCUUGAGCAAGGCAUUUUACCAACAUUUUCCUCUCAUCGAAUUGAGUGCACACUGUGGUCAGAGUUUUUCCACUGCUUUCUAUCGUGUAGAAACUUGCCAAUUUGGAAAGCUUGUCUCUAACAAUAUAAAUUGUAUUACAGAAAUUAUGAGUGAAAUAUUUUUGAUAAAUUACUGUUAAUAUCAUGAAAACAAUUUCUUUGUAGGUAGAGAAUUCUGAAUUCAAUUAUUUGUAUUCUAAUAGCUGAAGACAUUUGUCUUGGAGAUUUUUGUAUUGUGUGCCUUUUAAGAAAUGGUUUAAUAUUCAACAUUCCAUUGCUUUUUAUUUGGGGGGGGGGGUUGAAAUGAAUAGGUUAACACAUUAAAUGUUCACAACUAUGAUUUGAUUUAUGCAUUUAUUGUUUCUAGUUUUGAUGUGAAUAAUGCACACAAAUAGAGUAGUCUAAACUUAAAAAACAAUGUAAAAGUUAUUGUAACCUGCUCCCCUCAAAAUGGAAGAAAUGUCUCAAAAGUUAGUGUUGGCAUUUUAUUAGUGCCACUGGAUAGAGCCAAAAAAAGAGAAAAUUAUCCAACACUGCUGAUGUUGGAAUGAUAAUUUGUCUUUAAAAUUUAGGGGUAAAACUGGUAAUUUUGAAGUUUGGAGAUUGGGAAAGCUGUAAUAGCUAGAAAGUCUUUGUUACUUUCUCAUUUUAUGGGAGCAGGACUCGCAAGCAGUGCAACCAAUCCUUAGAAUAAGCCAAUUCGUUAUCUUGAUGAAGUAGUCCAUUAUCAUUGGCUGAUAAAAUAGCUGACGCGAUGUUACACGAAUGCCCAUUCUGCUUGCAAUUAACGCGAAAGCAUCAUCCGCCCGUCUCAUUGUGUGUUCAUGCAUCUCCGAUGAACGUUCAAUUAUCCCUAAUGAGUAUGACCCAGCAUACGCAGAUGAAAACCAAACUGGCUUAUUGUUAAAAGACUUCGCUUUAAGCAACUGCAGAUAAAGAAUUCUUUUGAAGGGUUGUAACAAUUUUGCUGGUUUUUUUUUUAAUAAUAGAUAGGAAAAUUGAGAUAUUGUAAACUGAAAUAACUUGAUAUCAGAUGAGCACAAAUACAAUAUAAUUACUUUCUAAUUUAUAAUAUGUAUGUUAGUAUUGUGUACUUCACUUUAAAUUAAAAAAAAAAGACCCCACAUUAACCCUUAAGAAAGAAUACAGCCACUGGUUUAGCUCACAUAUUUACAUUUGCAAAUAAAAUAUAUUUAAAAAAACAAUCACCGUUACCAAAUUUAGAUGGAAAAAAAAAAUCAUUUAAUAAACUGUGCUUUGUAAAUAAAAAUAAAAAAGGCAAUGUUUACAAUAAUA